AUGGAUGGUGCGAAGGAAGGAUGGGACGAUCUCAAGGCGACAUGGCAGGAGGCGAGGAGGUGCCGACAGGUAGCGACGAGCAUGCUAGGGGAUAGCGAAGCCCUCGCUCGAGUAGACCGACGAGUUGUGCAGGACACCGUCCGAAUCGCCUCCUUGAACGCGGAAGAGAUGCGGCAUGGGGGGGCAGCGGGGUCAGUGGCUGACUCGUCGGACCUGAGCGACUGGUACCCGACGAUGGCCAUGGCAACGAGGAAGCUUGUCGUUGGCUUUGACCAUGAUGUUUCCAGGGUGCUGAUGGAUUCUAGCGAGUUGGUUGGAGAGUCUGAUGUGGAGAACUGGCCUGUGUGGCGGUGCAAGGUUCAGAAACCAGGAGCUCUAGAAAUCAAGAGAAAUCAGGCCAAAAUCUUUGCUGGACCGGACAGAAUCUUGAUCAAGUACACUACCAACAUCCUGAAGAAUCAACUGAGCCUGGUUCUUCAUCCGCACGAGAUCCUUGGGGCCGAGCUGAUUGAGGUACAACACAAGAGACAGUCUAGCGACGCUGGAAGGGAUAGAGGCAAGAACGAUCUGAGGAGCAACUGGGAGAGCCUCUUCUCGAAGCCCAACAAGAAGUUUGUAGUCGUCAUGCACGUGCUGACCGUGCCGAGCGUCAUGGACCCAGAAGCAGGUGUCAGCUCGUACCAGGAGUUCGAGAUCUCCUCUUUCCGUGACGCCAACGGCACCAUCCUCCCUGACAAGCAGCACCUGGAGCAAGCUUGCAAGUUGCGUGACGCCAUCAAGUUGGUUGCCAGCGAAAGAGCUCCGUUGCUCCAGUACGCUCGUCCGCUUCGCGUCAUCGUCAACCCGAUCUCAGGUCAUCGCAAGGGGCGGGAGCUGUUUGGCAGGGUGGAGCACCUGUUCAAGAAGGCGGAUGUGCCGAUGGAAACAACCUUCACCUCCUACGCGGGGCAUGCGAGGAUGAUCAUACUAGGAGGCGAGCACGAGGGAAAGAGGGUUCCCCCGCUCAGUCCUCGCAGCUACUGCGGCGUGCUGGUGAUAGGAGGGGACGGGACGGUGUGCGAGGUCGUGAAUGCGAUGCUGGAGAGGGAGGACUGGGAGGAGUUGGUCGAGAGUCUCCCGGUGGGAACUAUCCCCGCGGGCUCCGAGUGCGCCUUCGCCAAGAUGAUCAGCUUCGUGGACCCGCUGGGCGCUGCCUGGGUCCUGCUCAAGGGCCACCGGGUGGGUCCAGUGGACAUGCUGAGGGUGACGCAGGGGUCUCGCAUCCUCUACUGCCUCUGCGGGAUAGGAUGGGGUAUACCGGGGAAGCUAGCGGAAGAGUCGGAAGCGCUGCGGGAGGUUUACGGACCAGCCCGGUACCUGGUGAGCGGGUUGAGAAGCUUCCUGGAGCUACGAGGAUGCGAGGGGAGGCUGGAGAUCCUGACGCCGAAAGAGGAGGAGGAGGAGGAGUUCUCCGAGACCUGUAGAUUCGCAGGGGUGUGUGAGCCCCUUCUGUCGAGGUUGCUCGGAACUGAGACGGGAGAGCGCAGAAGAUCGCUCCUCUGGUGCACGUGGCAGACGGAUUGA